UGUAACGGAGUAUUUUAGGUUUUAAGAGCCGUAUUACUACUUUUACUCAAGUAAUACUUCACUGGUAUUUGAUACCUGUGUGAGUGUUUCGGUGAGAUGCCCUGACAUCACCUGACCCCCCUGUAACCUUUUUGUUUGGAGAAAGUAGAAGCAAAGAAAAACUGCUCACUUCAAAUGACAUAAUGCAAAGUUUUUCUCGUCCCUUUUUUUUCUGGGGGGGGGGGGGCUGGUUUUUUUUGUGCCAUUUAGUGUUACAGCUUGAGUGAGUCAUCAUCGGUGGAAAGAGGGGAGGAAGAUUUGAGAAGAAAUAUUGCUGUUAAAUGAGUUUGGACAGCAUGACAUCACGGGGUAAUUAAAACAGCUUUCUGGAAUUCCGUUUCCAAUUCCUUCGCUCAGGUUUGUUGGAGGAUUUUUUCGAGCACCUGCAGGUUGGUGUGUGAGUUAAAUAUUUUCACUGGACGGAGUUCAAACUUUGAAGGGAAAGAGAGAAAAAAAAAACGGAGGCAGCGGCAUUACGCCAUUCUUGCCUCUCUUGGAAAAAGAGUGGGAUUUAAAGAAGUUUCUUACAAGAUAUCCAGCAGAAUAGAGCCGCGGAGAGUUUAACGCGAGUCCACCUUUUCUCUUGGAUUUCUGCACUUGUGUCACAGACAGGAUCUUUCCAGCACUAUGGUUCUCACAGAUGACGCAUGGGAGAAGAAGGAUUUGCAGGAUUUGUUUCUUGAACUUAUAAAACUCAGUUAUAGUCCACAUCUUUGCUUUUACAGCCUCGCAUAUGUCUACAGCUUAUUUCAGACUGGAGAAGCUCUUUUUAAUCAUUUCUCCUGCGGCGGAGCGCAGAGGAAACUCAGAGGAUGAAAGACUCGGACCAAACGGGACUCCCUCUUCUUUUUUUAAGCAAACAGAACAAUUAGCCUAAUUCUGAACAGACUGCGGUUUAUUACAAUGACGGCCUGGCAGAAGGCUAAAGGGCUUUAGGAUGAAAGUUGUGAAGCGUUUUUGUCUUCUGCUGAGCUGCUGGACUCUCAUUUACCUGCAUCCCGUCCUCGGUUCACUCAGCCGGACCAGACCGACCGAGCACCACCUCCACCGGCUUGGAGAGGCAGCGGAGCGCGCGGCAGGCGGCGGAGGAGGAGAGCAGGCUCACGGGAGAACCGGAGGAGGAAUCGGUGGGUCCACAUUAGCCGCAGGCAGUAAACCGGUGACCUCUUCUGGGACUUGGAAAACAUCACCGGUGAGUCCGGCAAGGAUCACGCGGAUCCGCGCGGGUCCGCCGUUAAUUAAGGGCGAGACGACUGUUGUCAAAAGCAAACUUUCUGCGUCCUCAUCCUCGCCACAGCGCAGCGGGGCCGUGCCGGGCAGCCGGGCACAGCUGCAGCAGCAGCACCGGGACAGAGCGACCAGUUUAGGGCGCAAAGAGGCUGUGCGCUCCUGGUUACCCGGCGGGGACGCUCACACUAAAGUGCACGCUCCCGCGGCGUUCAGCGCACAUGCAGCAGUGAAAAUCGGGACUGCGGCUGGUGGAGGCGGUGGCCCACCGGGGAAAACUUUCGGGAAAGUUGCUUCCAGAGCGAUUGCAGCUGCUCCAGCGCGCUCCGGGCCUCAGCAAAGAGCCGUCGGUGCGCAGAAACAGCAGCAGAGCGCCGCUCCGGCGGCGCAGCGGGGAGCCGACAACAAGAACCCCAAACUGAGCGACCGGGAGGCGCAUCACAAAGAGCCGCUGGUGAUUCCUCACGACUACAUGCUGUCGCUGUACUGGUCUCUCUCCACCGGGGACCUGAACAGCAGCGCGCUGCAUGCAGCGGGUCUGGCCAACACCAUCACCAGCUUCGUGGAUAAAGGGCAAGAUGAUCGCGGGCCCCAGCUGAGACGGCAGAGGUAUCACUUCAACAUCAGCUCUCUGGAACGAGACGGGCUCCUGGGGGCCGAGCUACGCAUCCUGAGGAAACGCCUGUCUGACCCCCGCAAAGCCUCAAUGGCGGCGCUGGGAUCCACGGGGGCUGACGGAGGAGCAGGAGGAGGAGGAGGAGGAGGCUCGUCCCCGUGCCUGAAGCUGUACACCUGCGCCGCUUCAGGUAAACAAAAGGCCGCUCUGCUCCAGACGAAGACCGUGGAGGAUCUGAGCGGCGGAUUCAACAGCAAAUGGGAAGUGUUCGACAUAUCAAAAGUCUUCAAGGUUUUCAAGAACCAGCAGAACCAGCAGAGCCAACCCUCCCAGCAGCUCUGCUUUGAACUGGAAGCCCUGGAGCACAGAGGAGGUCGGCCCGUUGAUCUGCGUUCUCUGGGGUUCGCCCGACCGGGAAGGACCAACAAGGAAAAGGCCUUCUUCUUGGCGUUCGGCAAAAGCAAGAAACGCGACCUUUUCUACAACGAGAUCAAAGCGCGGUCGGGCCACGACAACAAAACCGUCUACGAGUACCUGUUCACGCAGCGGCGAAUGCGCCGAGCUCCCGCCGCGAGGGGGGCAAAGAAACCUCUGCAGCAGCCGCAGACGCUCCCGCAGCACCAGGCGGCGAAGACGCAGGCGAGGCCGCGGUGCCACCGGAGACGACUCCACGUCAACUUCAAGGAGAUGGGCUGGGACGACUGGAUCAUCGCGCCGCUGGAGUACGAGUCCUUCCACUGCGACGGCGUCUGCGACUUCCCCAUCCGCUCGCACCUGGAGCCGACCAACCACGCCAUCAUACAGACGCUGAUGAACUCCAUGGACCCGGAGUCGACGCCGCCCACCUGCUGCGUCCCGACGCGACUCAGCCCCAUCAGCAUCCUCUACAUCGACUCGGCCAAUAACGUCGUCUACAAGCAGUACGAGGACAUGGUGGUGGAGUCGUGCGGCUGCAGGUAGCGAAGAAAAGGUGAGAGACUUCACUCUUGAGAGAAGAGAGAUCGACGGCGAGCAGAAGAGUUUCUUUAUUUCAUCCGACUGCUGUGCAACAGACAUUACUCUUCACAGUCAAGUGGACUAUCAGGCUGCAUACCAAAGACUGUUACACACUGUUAAAGACUAAACAGAGAAAGAUAAACUCACAGAGCGAUGCUCUCGAACGCCCACUCACCAAAACUCGUGUGUAAUGUGGACGCUGGUAUCGAUGAGAAAGACGGAAACAAAAACUGAUGAGACACUUUUUUUUUUUUUUUUUAUU